GCCUCGCUCACCAGUCAUCAGUAGCCGCCAGCAACUCAACAUGAAAUUCGUGAUCUUCGCUGUCGUGGCCGCCGUGGCUGUCGCCGCACCACAAUACCAGCUCCCAGAGACCUCCUACGGCGCACCCGCCGCCUCCAGCAGGUCUGUCUUCCCUGAAAGCGUUGAGGUGGUGCCCAUCCUGAGGGACGACCGUGUCCAAGACGACAAUGGAAGAUACAACUUUGACGUGGAGACUGGCAACGGAAUUACGUUCUCCCAGUCUGGAUCUCCAGACGGUCCAGAUGGAGCUGUUGUGAAAGCUGGGAAAUACUCUUAUACUGCUCCUGAUGGAACCUUCGUGGAGGUAAAGUUCGUCGCCGACGAGAACGGCUUCCAGCCCCAGUCUGACCUGCUGCCAGUGGCUCCUGAGUUCCCCCACCCAAUCCCCCAGUUUGUGCUGGACCAGAUCGCCUUCGCCGCUGAGGAAGACGCUGCCGCUGCCCGUGGUGAGCUCUCCGCUGGGGUCAGAGCCGCUUCUUCUUCUCCUUCUCAAACCUACGGCGUGCCUCAAUAACUUCCCCAAUGUCAUCUAACAAACUUACAUGGACCUCAACCCACCUUUAUUUAUUGUAUUUUAAAUAUAAUAAUGCUAAGGAGAAUUAUGUACACAGGACAAAAUAAAUUUUCUGCAGAUUA